AUGACGAGUGCAGCAGCAAGUCUGCUUGGCAGACAACUUAAAGAAAUCCAAAAAGCAAAAGACUUACCGGGCAUAAGCUGUGGGCUUGUGAAGGAUAAUAUUUUCGAAUGGGAGGUUAUGCUUAUGUUGAGUGAUGAAUGCAAAUAUUAUGGUGGAGGCAACUGGCGUUGUCUACUCUCUUUUCCCGAAGACUACCCUCAUGCACCACCAAAGCUUACCUUCUGCGAUCCGAUCCCAUAUCACCCAAAUAUCUACCCUAAGACUGGUGUACUAUGCAUUUCUAUUUUACAUCCAUCUGGACAUGAUGAAUAUGGUUACGAAGAUGCUAGCGAAAGAUGGACACCAAUCCAAACACCAGAAACUAUCUUACUGAGUGUAGUUAGUCUCAUGAAUGAUCCAAAUGAUAGUAGUCCAGCAAAUGUGGAAGCAGCAAGAUUAUGGAGGGAAGCACAAGCAAAUCCAAAAGGCAAAGAAAUGAGGGAAUGGAAGUCAAGAUGCAGGGCUUUGGUUAGGCAGAGCUUGGGAGAAGAGUAG